CUCAAUCUCUAGUUGUCCUUGAUUGAGGUGAUAACCCAAUUGAAUACCUUUGACUGCAACCGCAAGAUCCAAUCUGAACACCAAGUUUAAAUUCUCUCCGUGGUCAGGUCCACUGGACUUACUCCUCUUCUUGUUUACCAUUUCUCUAUUUGGCAAUUACUCCAGCAGCUUUUUCACCGGCAGUUCUGCCCUCCUUUGCCUUUUCAUCCUGUCACCUCUUCUUCCCUUCCGAGGAAAAGACCAAGAAGCCAAGCGUUCAAACAGAUAGUGAGAUCAAAGAGGCUGCUUUGGCGCAAUGGCUUUGAUUAUGUUUCAAAUUCAUUGCCCUUUCUUCUUCUUCUCCCUCUUUUUCCUCAGCUUUGUGGUACAAGGGAAUGACGAUGAGCUGCGAGCUCUCAUGGAGUUGAAGUCCUCCUUGGACCCGGAGGGCCGGCGACUCUCCUCGUGGGUGCUCGACGGCGAGCCUUGCCGAGGGCAGUUCGAGGGUGUGGCUUGCCACGCGGCCGGGAAGGUGGCCAACAUCUCUCUCCAAGGGAAGGGGCUCUCCGGCUCCAUCUCUCCGGCGGUGGAGCGGUUGCGCGGUCUUACUGGGCUUUACCUCCACUUCAACAACAUCUCCGGCGAGAUCCCUCGAGCGAUUGCAAAUCUGACGGCCUUGACCGACCUUUACCUCAACGUCAAUAACCUCUCCGGCGGCAUACCCGAGGAGUGUGGAGCAAUGGUCGGACUCCAAGUUCUCCAGCUUUCAAAUAACAAGUUGACUGGGGGCAUACCUCCUCAGCUAGGGCUUCUCAAGAGUCUCAACCUGCUUACUCUGCAAUCUAAUUCCCUCAGUGGAGCCAUCCCUGCAACACUCGGAGACUUAACUGAGUUGAAGUGGUUGGACUUAAGCUUCAAUCACAUUUUUGGUUCAGUCCCUGUUAAACUCUCUCAGCUUUCUCAGUUGACCUUUUUAGAUGUUCAAAACAACUUGCUCUCCGGCAGUGUACCUACUGAAUUAAAGAAAUUGGGGCCAAACUUCAAGUAUGGAAAUAACACUGGUCUAUGUGGAAGUGGAUUCUCUGGUCUUAUGGUUUGCUCUUCUUCGGAUCUCAAUGCAAGCAGACCUGAACCAUUCAGUGCCAGUCUCACACCUCAAGAUCUUCCACAGUCUGUUAAUAUCACUUCGGAUUGCAGCACCAGCCACUGUUUCGGUUCUUCCAAUUCCCCAAACCUGGUCAUCGUUAUUGCAGCCACCAUAGCUACAUUUGGAGUUCUUGUGUGUGCCCUUAUGUCUGCCUUUUGGCUCCGAAACCAUCGGAAACAAAAUCUUGUCAGUGCUUUGCAUAAGGCUUCAAAUAGUCUUCUUGUCACUGAUCCGACGAAGUGUUCAUACCGUACUGCAUCUCCACUCAUUAGCCUUGAGUACUCCAGCCACUGGGAUCCAUUGACUGAUGAGAGAACCAGCAUUGGGUCAUCACAGGAGGCUCCUCAGAUCUACAGGUUUAACUUGGAGGAGAUAGAAUGUGCCACUCAGUACUUUUCGGAGGCGAACUUGAUAGGUAAGAAGAGUAGCUUUGCAGCAACAUACAAGGGGAGACUACGUGAUGGAACCGAGAUUGCAGUGAAGAGGAUCAACAAGACUAGUUGCAAGUCAGAGGAAGCAGAAUUUCUCAUGGGGCUGAAGGCAUUGACAUUGCUAAGGCACGAGAACUUAAUUGGAUUAAGGGGCUUUUGUUACUCAAGAGCAAGAGGGGAGUGCUUCCUCAUUUAUGAUUUUGCUGCAAAUGGAAGCUUGUCAGAAUAUCUAGAUAUCAAAUGCAAUGAGAUUCACAACGUUCUUGACUGGCCUAUAAGAGUUUCUAUAGUCAAAGGCAUUGCCAAAGGUAUGGAAUAUCUACACAGCAACCAACCUAACAAGCCCUCCUUGCUCCAUCAAAACUUGUCAUCAACAAGAGUGCUCAUUGACCGCCAUUUCAACCCCCAAAUCUCUGGUGCAGGCCUGCACAAACUGUUAGCGGAGGAUGUUGUCUUCUCCUCUCUCAAGACAAGUGCUGCCAUGGGCUACUUGGCCCCUGAGUACGCCGUGGUUGGCCGGUUCUCUGAGAAGAGCGACGUCUAUGCCUUUGGGGUCAUUGUGUUCCAACUUCUCACGGGAAAGACAAGAACCUGCCACUUGAGACCUGAUGCUGAGUCUGGCAAGCUUGAAGAUCUCAUCGAUGAGAAUCUGCAGGGUAAUUACUCGAAGCCUGAGGCAGCUAAAUUAGCAGGCAUUGCAUUGCUCUGCACAAGUGAAGUGCCAAACCAGAGACCAACAAUGGAGACUGUUGUUCAGGAAUUGGAGGGAAGCAGAUGCAGGAACUAGUUGUGUUCAGGAAUUUUGAUGCCAUUGAGCAGGCUUGUUGAAUUAAGCAGUGUCUUCUUCAGUUUAUGCACUUGAUUUAAAUUGGAUCUUUCGUUCCUCUUGAAAGAAUCGAGAGAAAUUGAUUUUUCUUGUAAUCGAACAUCUUGUUGGAGGGAUUGAAGUACAUAGUAUUAAGCAUA